GAAAUGUGGGACACUACAGCAUGCUUAUAAUCUGUCAUUCAUUUGAGAAAGUGAUUAGAAACUACUGUGAGGUGAGCGAUUCAUUGUGUUCAUUUCGCUAGUACGAAUCAAACAAAGAGCGUGGAUUUUAAAACGCAACAGUGUUGUUUGUGUUAGAGAUUACUUUCGUCACCAGGGGCUUUAAAUAUACUCCGAUGAUGUCAUCCACGUCGUAUUUGGUGAUUCUGACGGUGACCGUUCUCACAUUGCAACGAACGUGUGGACAAAGACGACGGUCAACGCCACUUUCCGUCGCGGCCUUCAACAUCAAGGGCUUCGGCCGGGCCAAGAUGUCGAACAGGGGGAUGGCCGGAAACAUCGUGAAGAUCGUGUCUCGCUAUGACGUCAUCCUCAUACAGGAAGUACGCGACACGACCGGAUACGCCGUCGACGAGCUGUGGAGACGCCUCAACGCCACGGACUCUUGGGGGCUGCUCCAGAGCGAGCCCAUCGGCAGAACCAGCUACAAGGAGCAGUACGCCUUCUUCUACCGGACUAAUUUGGUCAAGAUCACUGGAAGUUACCAGUACAACGACGACGCCCGAGACAUUUUCGAGCGGGAGCCGUUCGCGAUUGAGAUAGAGUACUACUCCAUUGCGCGGUCUGCCAAGAACAGGAUCGUGCUCCUUGCGCUUCACACCCGUCCACAGGACACGGUCGAAGAGCUGAAGACCUUGCCCCAGGCGAUGAGAGUCAUCUAUCAACGUUUCAGGCGAGCCAAGGGGAUCAUUGCCAUGGGUGACUUUAACGCCGACUGUGGUUAUCUCAACAACGCCAUGAAGAAAGAAAUGGAGAUUUUCAGGGGCGAUUUCGUCAGCCUCAUCCCCGACACCACUGAUACGACUGUCGCCGAGGGGACCCACUGCGCCUACGACCGCGCCGUCGUCUUGGGGAAAGACGUCACGGUCAGCGACGCGCAGGUCUAUGACUUCACGUCAGACCUGGGUCUGGACCUGGAGGAAGCAUACGAAAUCAGUGACCACUUUCCUAUUGAGUUUAAUUUACACUGAAGUCUCAUGGAACCUUGGAAGAUUGUUUUUCUGGCGUGAAACAUGAUAAAUAGAAUUCUUUGUGCGUCGUUACUUUUCUAUGUGCUUGUAUAGUGUGGAGCUAUUUUUUAUCACUGGCGGAACGAUAUUUUUAUGAAUG